AUGGUUGAUCAUGAGGAAUUCGUUAAAUCUUAUGAUCGUAGUGUCGGUGAAGCACAUCAUGGCGAAGUAUACAAGUUACCAUAUGAAUCUGUCGCUGACGCUGCAGCAUUUGCCGCUUUUAGAGCAUUUGAGAAAAAACAAAUGAAGGAGGGUAAACAAGUCGAGCAUGCUUUAGCUAAAGAAUUGAUUGCUGGUCUUGUUGCUGUUGAAACAAUUAAAUUAAUUAAAACCAAAAGAUUGGAUUUUAUUGAUAAAAACAAAGCCUUAUAUCAAGCAAGGAAAGCAGCACACAAAUUAUACGACGAGCAAUAUGGACAUGAAACUGAAGAUUAA